UUUUCGGAUGAGUGACGCUUCAAAUAUGAACCCGGAGACGUCGAGGCUUCACGCGCUUUAGCGGAAAAGUGCGAGUUCACGUGUCGACCUAAAGGUCUGCGGAAGAAAAAAAAAAAAAUUAAAUAAAUAAAUAAUAAAAAAAACACUGAAGGUGCAUAUGUACAGGAAGUCAUUGUUGUCUUUUGCUUGUUGUAGCAGAGGAAAGAAGAACAGCUGGACUAAAACUGAAUGAUCGUCUAGAUACAAAAAAACAUGAGCGGGGCAAAGACCAAGAUGGAGGACGAGGCCGUGUUGGACAGAGGGGCAUCCUUUCUCAAACAUGUGUGUGAUGAGGAGGAGGUUGAAGGCCACCAUACAAUCUACAUCGGUGUGCAUGUACCGAAGAGCUACAGACGACGGAGACGCCAUCGCCGACGCACCGGCCACAAGGAGAGGAAGGAAAAGGUGACAGAGCAAACGGAGGAAAUGAGCAGCAGCAUCCUCAAACCGACUGAUAACACAUGGGGAAGCAGUUCUUUUCCAGAACUGGACAAGAAUGCAAGUUACACUUCUCCAGCAGCUGAACGCAUCCGCUUCAUCCUGGGCGAGGACGAUGAUGGGCCAGCGCCUCCACAGCUUUUCACAGAGCUGGAUGAACUCCUUGCUGAGGAUGGCCAGGAGAUGGAAUGGAAGGAGACAGCCAGGUGGAUCAAGUUUGAAGAAAAGGUGGAAAAGGGUGGUGAGCGCUGGAGCAAACCUCACGUGGCGACACUCUCCUUGCACAGUUUGUUUGAGCUCAGAACAUGUAUAGAGAAGGGCACCAUCAUGCUGGAUCUGGAAGCUUCCACACUGCCUCAGGUUGUAGAGAUGAUUACAGACAAUCAGAUUGAUACCGGCCUUUUGAAGGCAGACCUGAGGGAUAAAGUCACCUAUACCUUGCUGAGGAAGCAUCGUCACCAAACUAAGAAAUCCAACCUGCGCUCCCUGGCUGACAUCGGCAAGACGGUCUCCAGUGCAAGUAGGAUGUUUUCCAACACGGAUAAUGGUAGUCCUGCCACUGCUCAUCGAGACCUGAAGUCAAGCAGCAUGAAUGAUAUCUCUGACAAACCAGAAAAGGAUCAGCUGAAGAACAAGUUUAUGAAGAAGUUGCCCAGAGAUGCAGAAGCAUCCAAUGUCUUAGUCGGGGAAGUGGACUUCCUGGAUGCACCCUUUGUGGCCUUUGUGAGGCUGCAGCAGGCCGUCAUGCUGGGAGCACUAACAGAAGUGCCAGUUCCAACCAGGUUCCUUUUUAUUCUUCUCGGCCCCAAAGGCAAAGGCAAAUCAUAUCAUGAAAUUGGUAGAGCCAUUGCCACCCUUAUGUCUGAUGAGGUUUUCCAUGACAUUGCGUACAAAGCCAAGGACAGACAAGAUCUGCUUGCCGGCAUCGACGAGUUCUUGGAUGAAGUCAUCGUCCUUCCUCCUGGUGAAUGGGACCCUGCCAUCAGGAUAGAACCUCCAAAGUCUCUCCCAUCUUCAGACAAAAGGAAGAACAUGUACGCCGGAGGGGACAAUACACAGAUGAAUGGAGACACGCCUCAUGAUGGAGGCCACGGUGGUGGAGGACACGCCAUUGGUGAAGAGCUGAAAAAGACAGGGCGUUUUUGUGGAGGCCUUAUACUUGACAUUAAAAGGAAAGUCCCGUUCUUUGGCAGUGAUUUCUAUGAUGCAUUGCACAUCCAGUCUCUGUCUGCCAUCUUGUUCAUCUAUUUGGGUACAGUCACCAACGCAAUCACGUUCGGGGGUCUGCUGGGAGACGCCACAGAAAACAUGCAGGGCGUGCUGGAGAGUUUUCUGGGAACAGCUGUGUCUGGAGUAGUCUUCUGCCUCUUGGGUGGACAGCCGCUUAUCAUCCUCAGCAGUACAGGGCCAGUACUCGUGUUCGAGAGACUCCUGUUCAACUUUAGCAGAGAUAACGAGUUUGAUUACCUGGAAUUCCGGCUGUGGAUUGGUCUGUGGUCAGCCUUCUUCCUCCUGCUGUUAGUGGCCACAGACGCUAGUUUCCUGGUACAAUACUUUACGCGCUUCACAGAAGAGGGCUUUUCUUCGCUCAUCAGCUUCAUCUUCAUAUACGAUGCCUUCAAGAAGAUGCUAAAGCUUGCACACCACUACCCCAUCAACUCUGAAUUCAAAGUCGAUCACGUCACGCAGUAUGACUGUAUGUGCAUGGCACCCACUAUAGUAAACAACACAGACGUGUUCACAGACUCAAUAGAGGGGACCUCUGUAUGGUUUUACAACUAUACUGAUCUACCAUUAAAUGCUACCUGGUCCUCUCUGACAAAGAAGGAAUGCCUGAAGUAUGGUGGAGAGUUGGUAGGAAAGGCCUGCGAGUAUGUGCCCGACAUCACCCUCAUGUCCUUCAUCCUGUUUUUUGGCACCUACACCUGCUCUAUGUGUUUAAAAAAGUUCAAGUUCAGUCCCUUUUUCCCCACCACGGUGAGGAAACUCAUCAGUGACUUCGCUAUCAUUUUGGCCAUCCUGAUUUUCUGCUGUGUUGAUGCUUUGGUAGGAGUCGACACACCAAAACUUAUUGUGCCAUCCGAAUUUAAGCCAACAAGUCCUCAUCGUGGCUGGUUUGUGUUACCGUUUGGAGGCAACCCCUGGUGGGUUUACCUGGCAUCAGCCCUGCCUGCUCUGCUGGUCACUAUUCUGCUAUUCAUGGACCAGCAGAUCACAGCUGUCAUUGUCAACCGGAAGGAGCACAAGCUGAAGAAAGGUGCAGGCUACCAUUUGGAUCUCUUCUGGGUGGGUAUAUUGAUCGCACUGUGUUCUUUCAUGGGUCUGCCUUGGUAUGUGGCUGCCACCGUCAUCUCCAUUGCCCACAUAGACAGCCUGAAGAUGGAGACAGAAACCUCGGCCCCAGGGGAGCAACCCAAAUUUUUGGGUGUCAGGGAGCAGAGGGUAACUGGUGUUUUCGUUUUCCUUCUCACUGGCCUCUCUGUCUUCAUGGCUCCCAUUCUUAAGUUCAUCCCCAUGCCUGUCCUCUAUGGAGUCUUUCUCUAUAUGGGUGUAGCCUCACUCAAUGGAGUACAGUUUAUGGACCGCCUGAAGCUGCUUCUGAUGCCUGCCAAACACCAGCCAGACCUGAUCUACCUGCGGCAUGUGCCACUGCGCAAAGUUCACCUCUUCACCUUCGUCCAGCUGCUGUGCCUGGCUCUGCUGUGGAUCCUCAAGUCCACCGUGGCUGCCAUCAUCUUCCCUGUCAUGAUCCUAGCUUUGGUGGCUGUAAGGAAGGCUAUGGACUACUUCUUCUCUCAGCAUGAGCUUAGCUUCUUGGAUGAUGUAAUACCAGAGAAGGACAAAAAGAAGAAGGAAGAUGAGAAGAAAAAGAAGAAGAAGUCAAGAGAAAGCAUAGACAGUGACGUAGAUGAGUCUGAUUACCCAUUCAACGAGAAGGUGCCCAGCAUUAAAAUUCCCAUGGAUAUGAUGGAGCAGGAGCCUUUUUUAGGGGAUAAGUCCUCUGAGAGAGAAAAGUCAAUCCAUGACCGGUACACGUCGUGUUAAUAAAAGACGCUACUAUGAAGACAGUCCGAUAUCAAGUCCAGAGAGAAUACCACUAAAUGUGCCUCAAAUUAGAAUAGACUACGGUUCAGACAAUGAAGACAGUGACUACUUCUGGAAGAGUCGAGGGUCCGAGGCGUAAUUUUAGCUCCUCCCUCCGUCGGCCUAUUUAGCCAAUAACAAACCUAAAAAUUAUGAAUCUUGGAAUGUCGGACAGAACGUCGUGUUGAUCAUGGGAACUUUUUAAAGGCAUUUUCGUCUGCCUGCCUGCCUACCUGGACACAUUCCAUUCCAGAGUACAACAUCUGGACUCUCAUCUUCACGGAUGCCAUUUUUAACCUUUGUUUUAUGACCAAGCUCGCUCAUUUUUUUUUUUUUUUUGCUUACUUCUUAAGAACACUGCCUGACAUAAUAAUUCCUACUACUAUGCAAUUCAUAUACAGUUCAUUCUUGUGUUGAUCAACUGAAAAUGCUGUACAUGGUUUGUGACCACAGACGGAGAGAAAACACUCCUCUAUUCUUUUUGUAUAAGGAAUUACCAUUUUCCUGUAGCAGGAAAAUUAAUAUUUUGAUCUUUUUCGUUAUUUUGUAGUUCUACCUCUAUAGACGGAAGGAAUUGUGUAAGAAAGUAAGAAAAAAAAAUACAUUAUCGAGGUGUUGAUUUUUUUUUUUUACUCAGCAUGAGUUUUAAUGUUAUCCUGCCUAUUGUACCUUCUGAACACAAUAUUGAACAAAAUAACUGAAUCAUUACGCUGUAUUAUUAUAAUGCAGAAGAAUAAUACCUACAGGAUGUUUUAACCUUUAAUCGUAUUGACUUCUGCUGAACUGUAUGACCUUCCAUUUAAUACAGUAUUAUAUCAUUUUAUCCCUUUAAGAAUGAUUAAAUCAUUUUAAAAAGUAAAGGUUAAUGCAAAGAGAUUUUAAACUAAUCAAUUAAUAACCAAAUAUCAGUCUGAAUUGAUUUCCUUUUUAUACAUUGCACUAUGGUUGUAUUAGUCAACCACAUCUGGUUAUUACAGUCAUUAAUGUCUUCCUGCUGUUCAACCGAGUAACUUUCUUAAGUGGCUUAAUGAAGAAUAUAAAUAAAUUUCUAAUACUUUUUGUGAAGUGAAUUACUGAUAAUGAAACCUGGAAUAUUAGAAGAUAUUUUUACACGAUCAUUUUUUUUCUUUGUGGAAAAAAACAAAAGCCAGUAAUAUUUAAUAAACCCAAUCUCAGAAAUAUAUGAAUGCAUUGUAGCCAUUGCUAUAAACAAUAAUGACAUUUCAUAAAUAAUUAACAAUAAAAAAUGUGCAUUGUUUAUGAAUGCAUUAUAACACGUUAUGAAUGCAUUCAUACUACACUACACAUCUGACCCUUCACCUUUUAUGAAGCCUGUAUUCAUAAAGCUUUUUUUUUUUUUUAAAAAAAAAAGCCAAACCUUCCCUGUCUUUUACCAUAUAAUGAAUAAAUUAUGUUCAUAUCCUGACAACGCCACAGCCGUCAGAGGAGUCCAAGAAAUCGCUUUGUCUCUAGCCGAUGGUGGAUGUUUGAGAACUGGUGUAUGUGGACGAACCUCGAUAGAUUUUUAGUCCACUGUGUUAUGCUGAGCUGUUGUUGUGGUUGGAUUUAUACACAUGUCUCAGAGGAAGCAUGUUAGCCUUCACUCAUCCUGGUGGGUAGCAGUCAUAUGAUAGAGGAGAGAUUUCUGGUGGCCAGGAUUUGGUUGAUUCUGACCUUUCUACCCUCAGUAUGUUGUGAUGCCUGAUUAGUGUGUUAUUACAUGGAGUGCAGAAUUAAGUGAUUUUACUAAAAGCAAAAUGACAUGAAGGAAAUGUUGCAAUGCCUUCAAACCUUCAAAGCACUAAUUUACAAUAAACAUCUAAUGAAUGCAGGCUGCAUAGAGAGUGUAAUCAAACCUCAUGUUUUCUAAUAACUGACUGAAGUUUAUAUCGCUUAUUAUAUUAUUUCCACAUUUUGAUUGUCUUGUAGAUGUGAAAUAUCAAUAAUGUGAUCACCAUUUCUGAUUAUUUUCUUAUGUCUGUGGUGAGAGGAAAAUUCCAGUGUGUGUGUGUGUGUGUGUGUGUGUGUGUGUGUGAUCCUUCAGCCUUGUUUCUCAACAUCAUGUUUAAUUUUUUUUUUUUUUUUUUUUUCCAUAAAAUGAAAAAAACAAAAAAUCUAUAAUUCUGUAUAAAUGAUGUCCUACUGAAUCACCAUGUUUUAAAAUUGUACUGUAUAUCAAUGUAUUUUUAACUUCUAUUUUUGGGGGAUGGUGUAACAGAGGAGUGUUGGAAAAAUUACAGACUUUUUAAACAAAUACUUUAUGAAUAGUGGCAUGUUUUACAACUCCAGUAACAUUUUCAUUUUGGUAACGUAGAGCACAGAGCUGAAGUGAUUCUUUUAGAAUUUAUAUUUUUUAAAAGAAAUGAAUAUUAAAAAUAAACAGAAUUUAUAAAUGG